AAACCAUAAUUUCCCACCGUAUCUCCAUACGGUUACCCCCCGUAUAUGCCUCUCUCUCAUUCUCUCUCUCUCUCAUCCGAGCGUCGAACGAAGAGGAGAAAGUCCAAAGAAGAAGAAGAUCAACCAACCCAGAGCUUUCCUUCUUCUUCGUCUUCCAUUUCUGGUACUUCAGCUUAAAGCUGUGUAUGGAUAGUAUUUUGGUGCAAGAUGUGAUUAGUGAUCUGCCUCAAAGUAUUGUAGAAACCAUAUUGACAAAGAUUCCGAUAAGGGAUGCUGUAAGGACUAGCAUUUUAUCGAGUAAAUGGAGAUAUAAAUGGGCUAACCUUACGCACCUUGUAUUCGAUGACAGAUGUUCAAGUCUCUACAAUGACAAAGGACUUGUUGAGGGAAACCUUGUAAAGUUUAUUACCCGGUUUCUUUUCCUUCAUGAUGGACCGAUUCACAUGUUCACUUUGUCUAGCACGUACUUGCAAGGGUCUUCUUACAUAGAUCAAUGGCUUCUUUUUCUAUCGAGGAAGGAUGUUAAAGAAUUGGUUAUCGAAUUGGGAGACCGGGAGUGGUUUAGGGCUCCUACUUGUCUUUUCUCGUGUCGAAAAUUGACUCGUUUGGAACUAAUUCGUUGUGAAUUGGACCCUCCUCCAUCUUUUAAAGGGUUCUUGAGUUUGAAGUGCCUCGUUCUUCAACAAGUUUUAAUUGCCCCUGAUAAAGUGGAAAAUCUCCUAUCAAGUUGCCCUCUUCUUGAGAGUCUAACAUUGUCGUACUUUGAUAGUUUUGCUCUCAGCAUCUGUGCUCCAAAUCUCAAAUACUUAUGCUUGGAAGGUGAAUUCAAAGACAUACGUCUUGAAAAUACUCCACUCUUGAUUUUUGUGUCUGUUUCUAUGUACACUGAUGAUACUGCCGAGCAUUUUGAGCAAAGUUCAACUUGCAACUUUGAUAAGUUUCUUGGUGGUGUCCCCUGUCUUCAGAGACUCAUUGGGUAUAUUUACUUCACCAAGUAUUUGAGUGUAGGUAAUGAGCUAGGGAAACUUCAGAUUACUUAUAGCCAUCUAAAGAUUGUGCAAUUGUAUGAAGUGAGUUUUGAGGACAUGAAAGAGAUUCUGGUUGUUCUUCGUUUGAUUUUGAACUCCCCCAUUUUACAAGAACUUCAAAUAUCUAGUUCCUCAAAUACCUCACUUGCAACCGAAGCUACUGAUUUGGACUUUUGGGAGAACGAAUGCCCUUCUGAUUGCACAUUCAGACUGCUUAAAAGUGUGAAGAUUGCAGAUAUUUCUGGAGUGCCCCACGAAAUGGAAUUCAUCAAGUUUUUACUUAGAAACUCACCGGUGCUUGAGGUAAUGAGCAUUAUUCCUAGCACGUGUGUUACAGAUGGAAGAAUAAAUAUGUUGAUCGAGUUGCUGAGGUUUCGACGGGCAUCUGCAGAGGCUGAAAUCACAUUUACUCAACCUAGAAUGUAAAAUCUGCUGUUGUUGUAUAUAGGGCCUCUUUGUUUCCUGAUUGUUUCGUCUCAUGUUUACCGUUUGGCUUCCUUUGGCACUCAUCUGCCUAGUUGUUUGUAUAAUUGUAAUAACAUCGAAUGGCAAGUUUACAAAACGUGCAUAUACUGCAAAA